AUGGAUGUACAAUUAUCGCUUAUGAACUUCAGCGAAAAGUUUUAUGGGAAGUUAUUGGAAGAAAACAAGAUAUGCUUAGACAAACUGGAGAAUACUUUCCUCUCUCCUUUCAAUAUCUAUACUACCCUCGGAAUGGUUCUGUCUGGCAGUGCAUUGAACACAAAAGCUGAGAUAAUGAAAACAAUGCAAUUAUCUGAACGCUUAGAACAUGAUAAAGUUCACAGCGGAAUAAGUGAACUUCUCAAUAACUGUUCAAAACGUGGUGGUGUUAACAUUAUCCUUAGCAGUGGACUUUUUGUUGAACGUGAUGUUAGUAUCAAGCAGCAAUUCGAAAUUCAUUUGAAGACUUACUAUAAUGCAUUGAUAGAACAUAUGACAUUUCAGACGGACAUAGAAUGUGCUCGUAAACGAAUAAACAAGUGGGUUAGUGAACAAACCAACGGAAAGAUCCAACAACUCCUCUCACCUGGGUCCCUAAAAGAAGACACACGGGUUGUAGUGUUAGCUACUACAUAUUUCAAAGGUUUAUGGAAAUCGGCUUUUCCUGUGCGCAACUCUCACGUUGAUAAGUUUUUUCGUCUAGACAGGUCAAAAAUAGACGUAAGGUUUAUGUAUAUUAAUUCCUCAUUCGGCAUGGUCAGCCUGCCACAUUUGAAGUCACGAGCUAUCAAGAUACCUUUCAAGAGUCCUAAAUUCUCAUUAUUGGUCGUUCUUCCAAACACAAAUGACGGAUUACCUGAUUUACUGAAAUCAUUGUGUAAAGACAAAGGAAUUUCAUCAAUUCUUUCUUCUAACUUUAUGGAUACCAGUAUACACUUGUACUUACCGAAGUUCAAACUGAAGGAAGGCAGUGCUAUAAGCCUUGUAGACUAUCUACAGAAAAUGGGAAUGAGAGAGGCUUUUUGUCCAGGAUCAGCUAACUUUACAAACAUGUCUGAAUCAAGUAAUUUUUAUAUAGGAGAUAUACUUCAUAAGGCUAUUCUUGAAUUCUGGUAG